UGCCGCAUUCUAGCCAGCUAGCUAGGUAGCUUGUAUCAGUAUCAGGAAUUGAGAGAGAAGAGGAGCCCGAUUAAGUUGGGAUCGAUCUCCAAUAAUCUGCAGCUAUGGGGAAGGAGUGCCUGCCUACCGUCGCCAUGGUGCUAGUGCAGCUAGGCUUUGCCGGUAUGAACGUGCUGUCCAAGCUGGCCUUGGACACCGGCAUGAGCCCCUACGUGCUCAUUGCCUACCGUAAUCUCAUCGCCGGUGUGUUCCUCGCUCCCGGCGCUUACUACUUUGAAAGGAGGAGUGGCAUGGUGAUCACCAAGAAAGUACUAACCCAGAUAUUUUUUUCCUCUAUUUUUGG